CUAUCCCCUCCCCGUUCGUUCUGAAAACCCUUCGCGCUUGCGGUGAGGUGACUGUCCUGUUCUGCACACCAAGCUCCUUUCAUGGCUGCCGCUGAAACACCAGAAGCAGCGUAAACCCAGGGCUGGAACGCCUCAAUCAUUUCUGGGUGGUGGGAGUUACAUGCGAUUAUCUCACAAAAACAUCCAAGGUGAGACAGUCAAACAAAGGCUCCAUUUUCAUUUAUGAUGAGCUUAGAUUUAGCUCUGUACUAGCUUCUCUACUCAUCGCUGUUCUCCAAAUACUUUAUAAACCGUCAUGACCCAUUUACAGAAAGUUAGAAUACCAUUUAUUGUCAAGUGGGUUUCCUCUAAUUCUUCUUGGAACCACCUUAAACCCUCGAAAUCCCCGUUGCGGGGGUCAUUCCUCCCCCUUCACCAAAACCCUAGGUGUUACUGUAGAAAAAAAUCUGUAGAAUCUGAAAAAUGUGAGAACUUGGAUAUGGACAGUGAAAGCAUUGGUCGAAUCCAUCCGGUCACUCGAAGAAAAGCGCAAAAGUCAUUAUUGGAGUACUUUCAUUGUACUAGAGGCUUUAGGUUUGAGGAUGCGGAGAAUAUGAGUAGAAAUUCGCCGCAUUUUGUAGGAAAGCUGUUGAAAAAAGUCGAACGAGUAGAACGAGACUAUGCGUUGAAUCUUGAGCACUCGAUUGCCCGGUUUCUACGUUACCACCCCAUUAAUGAAUUUGAGCCUUUCUUCGAGAGUUUGGGUUUGGAACCUUCUGAGCUUGAUCCUUUUCUUCCUCGCAACUUAAUGUUUCUGUCUGAUGACAACUUUUUGCUCGAUAAUUAUCAUGUUCUGUGUUGUUAUGGCAUUGCGCCUAAUAAAAUAGGAAAAAUUUACAAGGAAGCACCGGAAGUUUUUCAGUAUGAUAACGAGAUUUUACAAUCAAAGCUUCAAGUGUAUGAAGAACUGGGAUUGAGCCAAUCCUUUCUGGUUAAGGCUAUUGCUUCUAGGCCUUCUCUUUUGAUUGGUGGUGUGAACAGUGUGUUUGUUAAGGUAUUUGAGGAAUUGAAUACUCUGGGAAUUGAAUACAGUUGGAUUGAGGGACACUUAUUGAGUGAGACUUCUUAUAAUUGGAGCCAAAUAUUUGAUCUUCUGUGCUUAUUCAUCAAAAUUGGUUGCAACAAGGAGCAAUUAGGAGAAUUAAUAAGCAGGCACCCAGAUAUUCUAUUUGAAGGUUCAGGGAAUAGGACAUUUUCACUCAUAGGUUUUUUAUUGAAAUUUGGAUCCACAAUGAAUGAGAUUCGAUCAAUGUUUGUGCGAUUCCCACACAUCGAAGUUGGGAAAUUUUUGUGCAAUAUGAGGCAAUGCUGUCUAUUUCUGAUCGAUAUAAAUAUGGAGGUUGAAGAGAUUCAGAGAAUUGUUCGAUCUCACACUGUAAUGAUAGGCUCGUGUUCUUUGAAGAAAAUUGCAAGCUUACUUACCACUUUAAAAGUUGGAAAAAGGCGGCUUCGCCAAAUAAUUGAGGAGAACCCAGAAGAAUUGAAGAAUUGGGUUCGAGGAUCAAGGAUUGAUCCAUUACCAAAAUUACCAGAAUCUGGAAGGUACCUAGGAUUACAGAAAGCAAAAAUUAAGUUCUUGUUAGAUUUGGGAUUCAUUGAGAACUCAAAUGAAAUGAAAAGGGCACUAAAGGUGUUCCGAGGCAAAGGACGAGAGCUUCAGGAGAGAUAUGAUUGUUUUGUGAAGGCUGGUUUGGAUCAGAACGAUGUCUCAAGGAUGGUCAGAGCAGCUCCUCAUAUUCUUAACCAAUCAAAGGAUGUGAUUGAAAUGAAGAUUGAUUUUCUUGUGAAUGAUUUAGGUUAUCCUGUGUCAUCUUUAGUGGCUUUCCCGGGAUAUGUUUGCUAUACACUUCAAAGAGUUAAGCUUAGGUCCUCAAUGUAUUAUUGGCUAAAAGACCAAGGAGCUGCAGAACCCAAUUUGGCAUUGAGCACUUUUGUUGCAUGCCCAGAUAAAUAUUUCAUUAAGCAUUAUGUGAAUCGUCUCCCUGGGGGCCCUGAAUUUUGGGUGAAAUUGAAGAAACAACUAUGGUCAAAUUGAAAUAUCUGUUAACUGUGGCUUCUUUUUUUUGGGUGAUCCCCAGUUUGAUGUGGAGAAUUUUGUACCUGUUACUUCUUUAAGCUGAGGCAUUCAUCUACCAUUAUCUGACUAUAACUGUAUGUUGAAACGAUAUCCACUCAAGUUAAUUAACUAGCACACAAGCAGCAUGUGGAGAAAUGAGUUUUUAACCGGGCAGCCUUGACCUGGUGUAUGAGGUGAACAAAACAUGACUUCAGAGCAGACAAACUGGCAAGCUUUAUGUAAAACACUGUACUGGUCAAACUCUAUCUAUUGCUAUCUUGUGAAUUUGUCCAGUUUCUAUCUGAUAAGGGACAUGCCAUUGACUGCAUUAUUCUAUCACAAGCCGAAAGCAUUCUACAAUGAUGCAUAUACUGAUCUUUGCCUCUCAUGUCAGACAAAAUCGAUCGUGAUCAUGUGACUCAACAUGGAGCUCUAGGCAUUGCAAUUACUCGGAUUAUUAUGGCAAUAAUUUGAUCCCUUUUUAGCAAGACCGGAGGUGUUCCCCAUCCCAGUUGGCUGCAUCUGUGCCAGUUGAAGAAAUCUGUAAGUUUUAUCUGGUGCUGAAUCCAUUUCAUCUAUUUGUAUUUAUUUCCACUUUCAGUGAUCAAUUCAUCAUUGAAAUAUCACCAAAUUGUCGAAAUGUCACCAAAUUGUGGAAAUUUCUACUUCUAACAUCAUUUUUUGGGGAUUUCUUCAUCCAUGCCUAUGGGGAAGAAAGAGCUGUAAAUUCCGACCUUCCUCCACCAAACGUGGUGAAGGGUUUCCCUUCCCACUCACUCUAUUUAUUUAUUUAUUUAUUGGCGGGAUAUUUGGUAUUUACCCA